CUGCCGCCCAUAUAUUCAGUUUUCAGACUUAUUUUUCAUGGAGAAUUUACGAUUCUUCCUUUCGUGACAUUUCAGAUCACGCGUACAGUUGCUGUCAAUACGGAUGAAGAGGACAUCGUGAGUUACAACGAAAUCUAUCGCCUUCUAGAGCCUGUUCGCACGGGCCAGACGCGCUCCAUAUUUCUUUUUGUGACGCGCAAGUACUCGGAGCACAUCAUUGAUGUUGCAAGUAGGAUGGGUCUCUUUGGCAAGGAGUGGGCCUGGGUUUUCUCAGAGCAGUGUGUAGGUGCGAAAAAUCUUCCACAAGGUACGUGUCGCUUCUCCUGCUUUAGGUUAAAAGAUUGGUGUGUAUAG